CCCACUGAUUUAAUCAUGUUGACAUCAGCGAUAGGUCCGUUACAUUCACCAGAUCGCUCGUACUCAGUUCGUCGACACCCUUGAAAAAAAGGACGUUCCCCAGAUGCAACUAGACGGACGCAACUGGAGAAUCAAGAACCGUUACUGCUUCGAAUGCCAUGGCGAUUGUCCUAUCUGCGGCAUCCCAUGCUGCAUCUUCGACACCGCCCGCAGCAUCAUUCAGCACGCGGAGAGCAGCACCAGAGCGGUCGAUGAGGCCAGUCAGGUCCUCGAACUAGUCGAUAUUUCUGGCAACAUGGUCAGAGACGAGACUACGUUCCGAUUCUGUUCUUCUGGGGGCGGGUGUGAACGUCACGUCUGCACCGAGUGUAGCGGCAUUUGUCCCGAACCCUUAUGCCAGGACAUCCAAUGCAAGUGUAGGAGUGUAAACCCGAACCAAGCGGUUUGUGCGACUGGCAUCAGUAGUUCUAUGCACAAGCACAAGAAACAUGUCGUCGUCAUAUGUUUCCGAUGAUAGCAAAGAUAGUCUUGAGUGUUAUUUGGGUUUAU